AUGGGAAAAAUUGAAAGAGAUGAUAAUCGACAUCUCAGAUUACCUGCGAGAAUAAGUCAAGGCAGAAAUCGUUAUGUUCAUGUACUAAGAUUGGUGAAUCUGGUCUCUCGACUAUUAUAG